AUGUGCACAAGUUUGAUCAUAACCCAAACAUCUAUCGCCUACGAAAAAGCGUCCAUUCUCUUCCAGAUCGCCGUCACCCACUCUGCCAUCGGGGCCACCUCUCAGAGCAGGAGUGUCCCCGAGGGGCUGAAGCGCGCGUUUUACUACUUCAAGACAUCUGCCGGGAUGCUGAGUUAUAUCAAUGAGAAGUUAUUGCAUGCGCCGAGUACGGAUUUGAGUAGGGAGGUGGUCAAGUUUUUGAUUGAACUCGUACUCGCCUGGCAGCCGACAAAGGUGUUCCUGGAGAAGACGAUGGACGAAAACAAGGGGAGCGCGAAGUUGGUGCCCAAGAUCGCAGCCUGGGAUGUAUACGUCGCUUAUUGA